CCACUUUUUCUCUCUCUUUUUCUUCUUUCUGCUUUGUGAUUCUUCUUUGUUGAUACGCCAACACCACCAUGUCGAAGCUUCAUAUUUUCCAAAAGGUAGUCAACGUCGUUGUCUAUCUUUUCUUCCUGUCCACCACAGUAUACAGCAUCGUAGGACCUGCCCCCAAUGACGAUGUUAUUGGCGAGGGUCAAACCUACAUCACUCCAUCCUUCUGGAUUGAAUGGGUCUGGACUGUCAUUCAUCUUCUUUUGGGUGCCUUUGUCAUCUACCAGUGGUUUGAACCUGCCCACGAGCAGGCCAUCCAUGGUGUUGGCUGGCACUUUGUCAUUUCUGUCUUGCUCAACGCUGCUUGGCUCGCGCUUGUGAAACACGGCCACUUCAUCAUCGGCUUCAUCUUCGUCCUUCUGACUGCUUCCUCCGUUUCAUACGUGUUCUACAACCUCAGCAAGAACCAUCCUGCUACUACGUGGUGUGACAUGAUUCUUAUCCACGCCCCCUUCUCUCUCUGGCACGGCUGGAUUGUCUUCUCUGCUGUUGUUGGAUUCUUCCAGGCUUUCACUCAUGUUAGCGAGGAUGGCCCUGGUUUCUGGAGCCGUAUCUUUGUGAUCAUUGGCAUCUUGUUCUUGGCCGGUACUGCUAUCGGCUAUGUUGAGUACAAGAAGGAAAAGGGUGAUCUCACCAGUGCCUUUGUCAUUGCUCUUGGAUUGUUGGCUGUCUUCACCAAUCAACAGGAUGCUUGGAUUCGCUGGUUCGCCUUUGCCUUCGCCAUUUUGAGCUUCUUGUACCCCGCUCGUGCCGUUGUUUUCAAAAAGUUGGGCCGCAACACCGAUGCUGCAAGCGCACCUUUGCUUGGUUAAAAAGACAAAAUGACCAAGAAAUACCAACUUCCAUCAUGUAUAUUUUAGUUAUAUUGAGUAGCUCUUAGCCCUUUUUAAAUAAUCCCACCACUUAUUGAAUCUUAGCCAUCUUCUAUUCCCCGGCUUUCCCAACCGCUGUAUCUUACAUAAAGAAAUGGUGUGCGAGUUGGUGAUGCGUUCUUAUAAUAGUUUAUGUGCUGUGGGUCCAACCCCUCUUUUUUGUGUAAUAUACCUUUUACGUCACUUCUCCGCAUAGGUGUGUGUGUCACAUUACGUUGUAAAAUGUAGGCGCAUUUUCUAUUCUCACUCUCUAUUCGCUUCGUG